AUGAGUUCCCGUGGACGUGGAAGAGGAGGCCGUGGCAGAGGCGCACGCAGUCCCAGACCAUUACCAGAAGUUCAAAUCAAGGAAUACGAUAUGUCAGCCCUCAAUGCAGACGCUGACCUGGAAAAUGAGGAUUCAAUUUACAUCAAUCCCAAAUGCACUUCAUUCGAAGAUCUCAUUGACGAUUCAUAUAAACACAAGAUCGAUGCUAUUCAGUCUAUCUACAUGAAAGGAAAUAUUCAGCAUCCAUCAUAUAUUCAAACAAGAGCAAUUCCGUACCUCUUAGAAAAUCCACCAAAGAGUAUCCUCGCUCAAGCAUCUACAGGUGAAGGCAAAACACUCGCGUUUAUCCUCCCAAUGUAUCUUCGUGUCGAUCUUGAAAAUCCUAAUAUUCAGGCAAUCUGUGUUUGCCCAACACGCGAACUUAUCCAGCAAGCCUACGAUUGGAUGAUGGAUGUUUCCGCUCUCAAUCGUGUUACAAUCCUAGAAUUAAUGCGUACAGAAGAAUCCAAGGAAGGACAAGAAGAAUCCAAGGAAGGACAAGAAGUUUCCAAGGAAGGACAAGAAGUUUCCAAGGAAGGACAAGAGGAAGCAAGGGAAGAAAAGAGUGCCCAAGUAAUUAUCGGUACUCCAAGCCAAAUCUCGAAAUUACCACGUGAUACACUCAGAUCUGUCAAGAUUUGCGUUUUCGAUGAAGCCGAUAAUAUCUUCAACUCCGAGCAGCACAAGCACUACGCCCAGAGGAUUAUAAACAACAUUCCAGACACAUCCCAAGUUGCUUUCUUCUCCGCCACAUAUCCAAAGCAGGUAAAGAUCCACCUCGAACACUAUAUCAGCCGCGACCUUAUUCCAAUCACAAUUCAGCGUAAGGACCAAAUUGGCCUUAUCAACAACGUUUUCACAUGUUGCGACAGAAGCGAAGUCGAUGACUUACUCAUCAAGGCUUUGAGAAGCAUCCAGAUCUCCUCAGCCUUCAUUUUCGUUUCAAGAAAGGUCGAUACAGAGAAAUACAAGAAUCUUCUCAUCCAGAACGGCUUUACUGCUACAGUAUUGACAGCCGACCUUUCUUCUUCCCAGCGUGACCAGAACCUUAAGGAUUUCAAGGAAGGAAAGGUCAAAUUCCUUGUCACAGUCAACAUUUUCGGUCGUGGUAUCGAUAUCCCAUCCGCCACCCACAUCUUCAACAUCGAUCUCCCGGUCCCAGAAGUAAUCCGCAGAAAAGUCAACCAACGCGAAGUUAUCAGAAGAUUUACAGAUGUCGACUCUUACGUACACCGCGCAGGCAGAGCAGGCAGAUUCGGUAAGAAGGGCUGCGCAUUUACAUUCGUAACAAGCGACAGAGACUUCAAGUCAAUUUGCCUUAUUUCCAGAAUGCUUUCCGCCCCAUUCUACGAGAUCAAGAAGGAGCAGAUCGAUAACUUCGAAUUCCGUCAUGAGAUCGAUCCUCAAGAUGUAAAGAAUGCGACAAAGGAUAUGACUGAUAAUGAUGUCAAAGCACUAGCUAACGCAAUCGAAGAACAGCCUGAAGAACCUGCUGCUGAAGCAGAACAACCAGUCGAUGAAGCUGCUGAUGCACCAGUUGCCGAAUAA